AUGCCCAGAUUGUUGUUGUUUAUAUUUGGAGCAUCUAUUAUUACUGGAGCGCGAGCAUGCUCUGCAGGAGGUAGCGAUGAUUACGAAUGGAUUGAAGAUCCAGUUCUUACUAUGGAAAUUAGUCCACCUGUUGGAUGGACCUAUUUCCCUGCAAAG